UUUGCAAAAAUAACAUAAUUUAGAACUAUUAAACAACCAUGAAUUUUUAGCAAAAAGAAUCAGUAGUUAUAAUUUCCAAAAUUUACUUUUUAAAUAAAAAACAAAUUAAAAUUCUUGUAACGCUGGAAAAUUAGUGAUAAGAGUAUAUUUUUUAAAUAAAAACUAACACUCAAAUUAAAUUUUGAAAAGGAACAAAAAACGUUGCUGUGAAAAGUGGGUGAAAAUAUUGCCAGUUCGGUGGAGUGCGAUCAUUGAUUUGAAAAAAAAAAACAAUACUUGUACAACAACAAAUACAGUUUCCGCCAAAAUGUCUACCCAACUGGAAUUUAUUAUGCAAUUGUACAUGAUGAAUUUGCUACAGCAACAACAGCAGCAGCAACAACAACAACAACAACAUCAGCAGUUGCAACACCAACAACAACAACAACAUCAGCAGCUGCAACACCAACAACAGCAACAACAAAUGCACAUUCUACCCUCACUCAACAAGCGUGAGAUGGAGAUGGACAUAAGCAGCAGCACAAUGACAGCAACAACAAUCACCAACCCACAACAGCAGCUGCAGCAGCAACAGCAACAACAAAUGCAGCAGCAGCAGCAGCCGCCGACGCACAAUCCAAGAACGCAAUUACGCAAAAAUUCGCAAACCACUACAACAACCACCACCACCAACUGUAGUAGUAGCAGUAGUUGUACCACCCGUAGUCCCAAUAGUAAUUCCAACUCCACAAUAGCCAUACAACAACAACCACAACAACAACAACAACAACAACUACUACAUAACACACAACACAAUCUAUCCCCCCUACAACAGUUGCUGCUCGGCCAAUUGGUGUCACAGCCACCAUCGCUGCCGCCGCCGCCGCCGUCAAUGUUAGCGACAACGCCAUCCGCAUACAAUACACCUUCGAAUUUGUUGUUAACACCAACAACACCAAAUUCGGGAUUGUCUGCAGCGACGGCGCUAUCAUUGGCAGCAGCGGCUUAUAACACCUCGGCCAGCGGUCAACUUCCCAUACAAACACAAUUAUUUCCCACAAACAAUUUGGUUUCUAGUAAUACUACCACUAUUACAGCUGGUAAUUUUCUUCAAUCUUCCACAGUGACAUCUACGCCCACCGAGGAAGAGGAAGAGUAUGAGUAUGAAGAGGAGGAGUUGAGAGAAGUGAAUGAAUUAGUAGAGGUGGCGGCGGCGUCAACGCAACACGAGGAGGAGGAGGAGGAAUGUAGUCCCUUGGACGAAAUUUCGCCCGCAUCCAAUGGCGUUGAAGAUGUCAGUGGCACCGUUUCGGUGGAGGAGAAUGAGAAGGUAUGUGCACAAGCGCAAGAUUUGAGCGAAAGACGCGAAGAUCGGCGAGUGUGUGUGAAGAAAGUUGGGUCCGAUGCAAAAGAAGGUACCGACGAGGAGCAGCUAAAUUCAGGUGAUGUCGGCCAAGUUGCGUCUGAUGAAGCUGAUGAGGACGAGGACGAGGAAGAGGAGGAGGAAGAUGAAAAACCUCUGGCUAGCCUAUUGAAUAGCAGCUAUUCUGAGAGAAGCGGCAGUGACACCAGAAAUGCUUCGAAAGUUGUGGAUACGAGUGUGCCUUUCCAGACGCCCACGAAGCAGCAGGCUGAUUCCACUCAUUAUCUGUCACAACCCAGCUCAACCAUUUCCCAGGAUACCAGCAACUCGUUUACCCAACUUAUGGACAGCGAUGUCUCCAAUAUGACGCCGAUGUCAUUGGCCAAAACCCUACUUACACCGCCUGCUAGCGAUCAAGUGCCAACAGCUAAUAAUAAAAAGCUUUGCAUCAAUCCUGCCACGCAGUCUAUCGUCCAUGAGAUCUCACAGCCCGCACCCAAUGCAACUGCGCUCAGCAACUCUGCAGGUCUUAUGAGUCUCACCACUGUCAGCAGUUUAGAUGCUUUUCUACAAAAUGAGGAGAAUCUCAAGAAUUUGCGCAAAGUUUCCUCUUACCUGGAGUGUGAGAAUGCGCUUUGUCGUCAGGAGAAUUUGCGCGAACAUUUCCAUUGCUUCGAUGAACCCUGUCAGGGUAAAAUACUAAGCAAAAAGGAUGAUAUCAUACGCCAUUUGAAAUGGCAUAAGAAACGAAAAGAGAGUUUGCUGCUCGGAUUUGCGCGCUUCUCCGCCUCCGAUGACUGUGAGCCAACCUAUGGCGCGGGAUGCGCGUAUUGUUGGAAGCAAACGCAUUAUCAUUGCGUCUACGAGGAUUGUCCAAAGGUGUAUGUGAGCACAAGUGAUGUGCAGAUGCAUGCGAACUUUCAUCGCAAGAAUUCGGAAAUUGUACAGGAGGGCUUUCGACGCUUUCGUGCACACGAAAAUUGCAAGAUCGAGGAUUGUCCAUUCUUCGGCAAGAAGACGUCGCAUUAUCACUGCUGUCGAGAGGGCUGCAAUCACACGUUCAAGAACAAGGCGGAUAUGGAUAAACACAAAACUUACCAUUUGCGCGACUAUCAGCUCACCCAGGAUGGCUUCAAGAAAAUACUCAAGACAGAGCCAUGUCCCUUUGAGGGUUGCAAAUUCUCAACCGUCUGCAAUCACAUCCAUUGCGUGCGUGAAGGCUGUAACUAUAUUCUUCAUUCGAGUAGUCAAAUGAUAAGCCACAAGCGCAAGCACGAUCGUCUCGACGGCGAACAGGCCUACCAGAAUUUCAAAAAGCAAAAGGAUUCAAGCGGCGAAGACUCACCAGCGCCAAUCGCCCCAACAUUAGCGCCGUCAACCGCAGCAGCUACCACACACUCGACGACACCUUUGUCUUCACUGAGCGCAGAUCGUUUUCUGGCGCGUAAACGUGGUCGACCGCCAAAGAAAAUUGAACUGCCCAUUAAGACGGAGUCAACUAAACGCAUCAAACUGGAGUCGAACAAUGAGCCAAUGGGCGCCGCUGCUGCCGCUCAACUCGCCACCAAUAAUGGUGCUAACAAUUCACAGUUGUCUGCCGCCGCGGCAGCCGGUCUCUUUCCAUCGCCCUUCCUUACCAACUUCAAUGCUGUAGCUGCUGCUGCUCAGAGCAUGCAAAUGCAAGAUCCCAACGCACCCAAUAUGCAGUUGACGCACCUGAUGGCACUCUUCCAGCUACAAAAUCCGCUCUUCUACCAAAAUCUCUAUCCGGGCGGCAUGCCAACAAAUAUGGCUAAUAUGUUGGGUGCAGCGGCGAUGGCUGGUACCAUGCCAUCUGUCAGCGGCCUAUAUGGUAAUAUGGCGGCUUUUGGCAGCGCGCCGGGCGCAAACAUAAAAUCAGAAUUCGGCGACAAGCAGCAGCCACAACAGCAGUAUAAGGAGUGAAGGCGAGCCGUUGAUUUGCGCAGGCGUUUGUUGAAUAGGUUUUGGCGACAGGGGUCGGUUGGUCGCCCAAUUACUGUACAUCGCUUUGGGAAGCGUGCGGUUUCGUAGGUUGCAAUGUUGCAAUUAAUUUUGCGCGACAUGUUGCAGACGUUAUACGCCCUCGAAGGGUUAUUUGUUGGUUGUUUUAAAAAUCCGAGGGCGAUAAUUGGGCUGUGUCGUACGUUGAGUUUCUCGUUUUAGAAAGCUUAAGUGUAACAAAAUUGCAAGAUAAUAAAGUUCGCUAGCUCUCUAUGCUAAGGGUGCGUACCACAGAGGGACGAGCAUCACCGAGCGAAACCAGGCGGAGCGUAGCAAAGCUGCAGGCAUUGCAGGCAUGGAAUCGGCUACAAGUUUAUUAAAAAACAUACAUACAUACCUUCCAUCAAAAGCCGCUAAAAUAUUUGUAGUAUUUGCUCCAAUGGUUUUCCCGAAAAAUACAUUUUCUAAAAAUUCGCAACUGGGUCAUGAACAAGGCGAAUUCAUACAAGAUGAUAUCUUCAGCACAAA